AUGCGAUCGGCGGCACUGCGUAAACAGUUGCAGCGUCCCCAACGAUUAGUAGCUCCGACGAGUUUCGCCAUCAACCACACCCGGACCAUGGCCGCCCAAGUCCCAGCCAAAUUCAACAUCAACACCGCUUUGCCCCUGAACUCAGGCUACCAGAUUCCUGUCCUCGGUUAUGGUGUGUACCAGACUCCCGCUGCCGAGUGCGAAAAGGCCACGCUGCAUGCAUUCCGCACCGGUUACCGACAUGUCGACUCGGCCCGGGCAUAUCGUAACGAGCAGCCCUGCGCCGAUGCCAUUCGCAACUCCGGUCUGAAGCGGGAAGAGAUUUUCUUCACCAGUAAAGUCCCCCCAAGGAGCAUGGGCUACGAGGCCGCAAAGAAAUCUAUUGAGUCGUCCUUCUAUCAGACCGGGCUGGACUACAUCGAUCUAUAUCUGAUUCAUUCGCCCUACGGCGGCAAGGAAGCCAGAUGCGGCGCGUGGAAAGCUCUCGCGGAAGCCCAGAAAGCGGGCAAGAUUCGAUCAAUCGGCGUCUCGAACUAUGGCGUCCACCAUCUUGACGAACUGGAAGAUUACAUCAAGACCUCAGGCGUAGGCGGUACCAUCGACGUUGGUCAAUGGGAACUUCAUCCAUGGCUUCCUCGCAAUGACAUUGUGGAAUGGGCGCGCAAGAGAAAUGUCGUGAUUGAAGCUUAUUGCCCGAUCGUCCGUGGCGAGCGUGCGGAUGAGCCCGUUCUGAAGGCUCUGACAGAAAAACAUGGCAAGACUUGGGCACAGAUAUUGCUGCGCUGGAGUUUGCAAAAGGGCUUUGUGCCAUUGGUGAAGAGUGUGACGCCCUCCAGGAUCGAAGAAAAUGCGGCUAUCUUCGACUUUGAACUCGACAAAGAGGAUAUGAAAGCUCUCGACUUCCCAGAUUCUUAUGUCCCGUGCAGCUGGGAUCCGACCACCAGUCAUGACUGA